AUGGAAGAAAUGCGAUCAUUGCUUGAUUCCCUUAUGGGAAAGGACAGAAAUGAAAUGAGCUCAAAAAGAAAUUACUCAUUUAAAGAUGAAAAUGUAUGCAAGUAUUAUUUAAUUGAUUUUUGCCCACAUGAUCUAUUUCCAAAUACAAAGAGUGAUAUAGGAAGGUGCAAAAGUAUACACGCAGAGAUAUUAAAAGAACAGCUUGAAAAUGAUGAAAAUUAUAAAUAUUACUUAGCAAAAUAUCAGCAAAAAUUUAUGAGAAAAUUAGAAGAUAUUGUUCAAAUGGCUGAUAUAAAAAUAGAAAGAAGUAAAGAAAAAUUAAAACAGUUAUCAGAAAAUCCUAAAAACAUUGAUGACAAAAAGGAAAAAAUUGAAAGUAUCAACACCCAUAUAUGUGACUUACUAAAACAAGCAGAAAAGGCUGGAGAAGAUGGAGACAUAGCUAAGGCAACAAGUUUUAAUAAUCAAGUUACUACUCUCCAAGCAGAAAUUAAAAGAUUAAAUGAAGAAGGCGUUCAGUCCAGUGACACAAACUUAAAGGUAUGCGAAAUCUGUGGCGCUAUGAAAGCAGCUGGAGAUCUUAUCCAGAGGUUUGAAAACCACAUGAAUGGAAAACAGCAUAUAGGGUUUGAAAAAAUAAGAAAUGCAUUAAAACAAUUAAAGGAAGGAAUAAAAGAAAGAGAGAUAAUCAUUGAAGAAUAUCGAAAAUCAAAACAUUCAAACGAACAUAAUAGUUCAAGAAAAGAAUAUAAUAACCAUGAACAUCAUCAUAAAAGGCGAUAUAGUGAUCAUAGAAGAAGUUCAAGAGAUCGUAGAUCCCGUGAUAGAAAUAGCAAAUCGUAUCAUUCAUCUCGAAGAAAAAGAUCAAGAAGACAUUCUUCAUCUAAUCGAAGUAGAUCUAAUAAUUCAAGCCAUUCAAGAGAUAGACACAGGGAUCGAUCCAGUAAACGACGAUGA